AGCAAAUAAAGGUCAAACAAUGGUGGGUGCCAAGAUUCCUCUGGGAUCUCUUGAUUAACAACAGAACAGAUGUUAUGCAUCCAGAAACAUCAAUAACAACAUUAGUUGGGACAAAUGGCAUCAAAGAAACAACCAGAUCUCCCUAGAGGCUUGAUAGGACGCACAGGUGUCCCUACUGGGAGGGGUUCAAGAUUGCCGUCAUUAAAAGGGCCAAGAGACUUGACCCUUGGAGGAGUUCCCAAGAAAGUGUUUAUUCCUACGAUCCCUGCAGCUAGACGAGACAAAACUAAGGAUAGUCAUAUACAAGAUGAAGGCACUAAGAAAGAAGGAAAAAGAGGUCAUGGUACUGACAAGAAAUUUAAGGGGCCAGGAUCAGAGAGAGGCAGAGGAGGUGGACAAGGCCGAGGAAGGGGCAAGCCUCUAGAUGUUAUCCAAUCACAUUCCAUUUUUGAACAAGGACCAACAGAGAAAUUAAACAAAGGUGCAGGAUUUUCUGGUGAAUAUCUGGGCAGUAGAGGAGGAGGGGGAGGAGGGGGUGGAUCAAUUUCAACUUCAGACUCUGGAGUUAUCAAAUCACGGAUCAAGAUGGAGAAGGGUGUGGAUGGAUCCAAGCAGGUUCUAGACUACCUGUUGAGAGACGAUUUUAUAGACACUCCCUACCAAAUUGAAGACCCCACCACACAACCUGUUAUUUUACCUCUGUGUGCUAUGGUGGACAGUAAACCAGAUCUUCAUAAAAUUUCCAACAUCAAGAUCAAGACGGAACCUGGAUUAGCAGUUGAGAAGGAUAUUAAACCACCCAAAGUGUCAGGAUUAAGGCAGUCUCCAAUUGUCAGUGAUGAAAACUGUGAUCAACUGUUUACAAACCUUGGAAAAACUGAAAACAGUGAUUUGUUGUUUUUCCAAUUCCCUGAUACCAUGCCUGGGGUUCCAUCCAACAGUAGAGAUGAGGAGGGUGAUGGUAGGCAGAAAUCUGGAAACAAGGAUGGGGAUGACUUGGUUAAGCAGAUCGGCUCAUGCUCUCUCUCUGAAUUCUCUGAGGGAUAUAUGGGUAAACUGGUGGUGCGGAAAUCUGGACGGACACAGUUAGUUCUUGGCAACAUCACACUUGAUGUUUCCAUGGGAACUAAGUGUGGAUUCUUACAGGAUUUAGUUUCCAUAGAAACCAGACCUGGGGGAAGAGAUGGUGGUCACAUGGCUGUACUAGGACACGUGAACAAGAGGCUUGUAUGUACCCCAGACUUUGACAGCCUGCUAACCUUAUGACAACAGGAGAAAUUCCAGCUAAAUCAACACUGAAGUAACCAGAC